GGGGGGUGAGAGAGAGAGUGGGCGGGUGCGCGGAUGACAGAUUAGAGGAGGAGGAGGGGGGAGAUGUAAUCGCCUCCCAGGCCGACAUGGAGCUUAACUCCCGGCGCUGUUGACGCCGGCGCACGACAACACGAGGGAUGACGCCGAGCGCGCGACCCCGCGAGCCCGUCCCCUCACCGGGACCAGAACCGCCCCGCGAGAAUCUCAGUGGCAAAGUUUUUGCGCCAUAGGAGCCGCGACUCGCUUAGGAGGAGGAGGAGGAGGCGGCGGCGUCGUCGGUGGCGACUCGUCGACAGCGACGCUGCUGCUCCAACUGCUGCUUGUGCUUUCGCUGCGAGUGAGACUUCCGCAGACCGUCUGCCACCUCCGUCGAGUCGUCCGUCUCCGUCCCGUCCGUCCUACCUCCCUCUCCGUACCCGAUGGAUGCCGUGCGCAGGGACCUGGCCAUGCUAAUGUCGGAGCAGGCGCUCGCCGGGCACAAGCUGCACCAGCCUCGGCCGCGUUGCGCGCCGUCCGCCAGCCCCGACGCGGAGCGCCUCGCUCUGACUCCGCCGCACGUCGCAGCAGCAGGAGGCGGCGGCGGUGGUGGUGGUGGUGGAGGGGGUUUCGUGCGGCUGAGUCCGCGGGCCGCCUCGCUGCCCGGAGCCGCUCUCUACCCGCGCGACGCGUCCGGGCCGCAACUGCAGAGCGCGUUCCGCGCUGCGUCGCAAGUCGAUGGCGGUGCCCUGCUGCAAAUCUUCAGGCGUCACCGCGAGGCCGCCAGUCCCGACCGCUGCGCGCUGCGCUCCCCGAAGCGCCCCGGCCGAGGCGGCGAGCCCGCGGGCCUCGGAGAGGCGAUUUCCUCCUCCGACGACGACGAAGACGGGGCGAUGGUCGUGGAAGAGGAGCUGGAGGUAGGAUGCUCGUCCCCCGAGUGUCCGGCGCCAGCGGCAGGAGGAGGAGGAGUGUCGGCUGGCGUAGGCCACCAGCUGGCCGCCGGCUACCCACGCAGCGUGAGCCCCGGGUCCGCAGACACCAAGAGUCUCUCCGUGGGCAGCUCGGACACGUCCCCUGAUGCCAAGAGCCCGGGCCCGGGCACCAAAGCCCACGACAUGGGGCCUGGUGGUGGCAACCUGAGCAGGAUGAGCGGCCCCCCAGGCGGGGUGUUGGGCUCGGACGGGGUCCGGCGCUACCGCACGGCCUUCACGAGGGAGCAGAUUGGCCGCCUGGAGAAGGAGUUCUACCGCGAGAACUACGUCUCGAGGCCUCGCCGGUGCGAGCUGGCGGCGGCCCUCAACCUGCCCGAGACGACCAUCAAGGUGUGGUUCCAGAACCGGCGCAUGAAGGACAAGCGCCAGCGGCUGGCCAUGUCGUGGCCUCACCCGGCCGACCCGGGCUUCUACUCCUACAUGAUGACCCACGCGGCCGCCGCGGCCGCCACGGGGGGGCUGCCCUAUCCGUUCCCGCACCACGUGCCGCCGCUGCCGUACUACUCGCCCGUGGGCAUCGCCGCCGGCUCUGGCUCGGUGGGGCCCUUCCCGACCACGGCCCUGCGGCCGCUCGACUCGUUUCGGGCCGCGCUGCACCACGCCCACCCUUACUCCCGGCCCGAGCUCCUGUGCGGCCUCCGCUCGCCGGGGACCGCGGCCGCAGCCGCCGCCGCCGCAGCUCUCUACUCCGCGGCUCACGGCCUGCAGCAGCAGCAGGGGGCCGGAGGAGGAGGGGGGCCCUGCUCGUGCCUCAGCUGCCACACGUCUACGGCCGCCACGGCCGCCGCGGCCGCCGCGGCCGCCGCAGCAGCA